UCCAGUCAGUCCUAAUAGGACGAGAGCAUGUUUUGGAUCAGCUCUGAUUCUCCUCAUGAAUGUUUAAAUGUGACUCUAAUUAGAGAACAAUAACUGUUAGUUAGAGUAACACAAUAACAGUCAUCUUUAGCCUUUGCUAGCAAGUUUAUGGAGACUAGUGCAGAUUUGACUAAACUAAAAGAUGGUUCGAUAACGCACUGUAACAAUAUGAUGUGACAAUUUGGUUUAAAACGUCUAACGAGGUGGAGCUUGAGGAUGAAUGAUUGUCGUCGUGCUUGUUUAUACAACAAAGAAAGUAUUUAGACUACUCCAGGUUGGGUUAAGGCUUUUUAAUCCGUGUUGUCAUCAUAAUGUCUGAAGUCAUUCACUCGUUUCAGUCACAGCUGUCUGGGGUCAUGGAGACCGUUUUUAAAGCUGCCAUGUUUGAGAUCACUCGUCUCGUGGAGGAGAGUUUCGUGAAGGAAGUGUCCCGUAGUCGAGAGCAGGUAGAGACUCUGAAGAAGAGGCUCCAGUGGAGCGAGACCAGACGGAAAAAUCAAGAGACGGGUUUGAGAAAUCUGAGGUGUGCAGAGUGUGACAAAUCCCGUGUGGGUAACGAGGAAAAAGAAGAAAUGCCACCACAGUCAGAAAAUGAAUGCAGCCUCAAACAGGAGAAAGUUCCAAAUGGGAACUGGGGAAGCUGUGAGUUGGAGUCUGACACCCUUUUGGGAAAAGAGAGGUUGGAAGACCAAACCAGCUCCAGUAACACAACAGAGCCUGCAAGCAAAGUGGACAGGAAACUGGACUGCGUAUUGAAAGAGGAGGCCCUUUUUGUCACUGCCGGUAAUAAAGAGCUUCAGGAUGGGUGGAUGUUGGAUACUGAAGGAGCUGAGACAUCAGAUUUCUCAGCUCACAGUUACAGCGAGCAGGAGCUGCAUCAGAUUCAGGAAGAGUGGAGCUCUGGACUUGAUCAGACUGCUGACAAUGAGACUUAUGGAGAUAUCACAGAUGUCCAGGGCCCGGUGUAUCCAACACACUAUGACACAGAAGAGCUAGCGAGCUACAGUGUGCAUGAACUGGAGGUGGGAGACCUGGAUGGUCUCGGAGAAAGAACUGUUGACAUGUUGGGUAAUUCAGUAUCGGUUGCGAUUGGGCCUGAGAAAAAUGACCUGCACCAGGAAGGUGGGAGACGUCACAUCUCUUCCAUUAAGCGUAAUAGAGGAAACAGAGGAUCUUUACUUGUGCAGGUCAGCCCCCAGACAGUAGACGUGGAUAGAGACAUGCACUGUUUACUUAUAAAUGCAGAUGGCCACUUGCAAGACAUAAAUUCCUUCACUGAAGUUCACAGUGGGGAUGCAGGAGGUGCUGGGCAUAGAGGACACUCACUGUAUGUUGGGGACACAACAAGUGGUGCAGUUUAUAAGGGACAAGCAUUGAAUCACUCUCUGAAACCUAAUGUUGGACAAGCAUUAGGAGACAGCAGGGCUUCUGUGAACGCCUUCCCGCUCUCCCACCGAGUCGGUUCAAGUGCUGCAUACACUUGUAACCAGUGUGGUAAGAAGUUCACUCAGGCCUGCAACCUAAAAGUGCACCAGCGUGUCCACCAGCAGGAUGGUCUCCACUUGUGCAGCCACUGUGGGAAAGGUUAUUCAUCCUUCAGUGACUUGCGGAGACACAGAUGCAGUCAGACCGGAGACAAGCCCUACACCUGCACACUAUGUGGGAACAAAUUCAGCCGAUUGUGGAAUCUCAAGCUACAUCAGCGUAUUCACACACAGGAGAAACCCCACAAGUGCACUAUGUGCAGCAAGAGCUUCACUCGGGCCGACAUCUUGAAAGUCCAUCAGCGUACCCAUACAGGAGAAAGACCGUAUUGCUGUGGGAUCUGUGGACUGAGCUUCAAACGACUGGAUCAUCUCAGGUCACAUCAUCGCAAACAUGCUGACCAGAACAAUCCAUGACAAAAACAAAUCCCCCAUAUAACCUUACAGAGCUGUUUGGAUUAAUAAAUUGUUGAAGGGUAUUAAA